AUGUCUGUUGGUGUUGCCAUCAUCGGUAGUGGUCUCUUCGCCAAAGAUCAACAUCUUCCAGCUGUGCAAGCGGCACAGGGCUUCACACUCAAGGCGAUCUAUUCGCGAUCCCUGAACUCGGCCCAGUCCCUCGCUGACGGUACAGCUAACGUUGAUCUGUAUUCUGAGGACUCUGGUGCUGGCAAGUCUUUUGACGAUCUACUGGCUCGAUCUGAUAUCGGCGCUGUCAUCAUCGCUCUACCGAUUCUGGUGCAGCCAGAUUUCAUCAAGAGAGCCCUACUUUCUAGAAAGCACGUUCUAUCCGAGAAGCCUAUUGCCAAGGACGUUGCCACGGCGAAGGAGCUCUUGCAAUGGUACCAAGCCAAUAUCGAUGCUAGCAAGGUCUUCUGGGCCGUGGGAGAGAACUUUCGAUACAUGAACAAGUAUAUCUACGCGGCUGAGCAGGUCCAGAAACUGGGCCAUGUUCGUAAUUUCCGGGUCGAUGUUCAAAACUUUGUCAAGCCAGACAACAAGUACUUCUUGACUCCCUGGCGCAAGGUCCCUGAAUAUCAAGGUGGCUUUCUUCUAGAUGGUGGUGUCCACAUGAUUGCUGGCCUACGCCUGAUCUUGGGGUCUACGGAGCAGAUUAAGACUGUCUCCGCCCAGUCCUAUUUGCAACAGUCUCAUUUGCCACCGGUGGACACCGUCGAUGCGGUCGUCAAGACUGGCUCUGGCGCCACGGGUGUGAUUUCUCUCUCAUGGGGAUCGCCGUUUAGCCGUCACGCCUUCGAGUUUGCUUGUGAGAAGGGCUCUGUUGCUCUGAAUUUCGACGAUGUGGCCGUCAAUGAUGUCAACUAUUCAGUUCCAUUUGAGGGAACAGGCGUCUCUGCCGAGGUCGCUGAAUUUGCGACGUCGAUUAUCAAUGGGAAGCCUGUCGAGAAGAGACAAUCCCCCGAGGAGGCGCUGGCGGAUCUUGAGGUUCUGGAGCAAAUGUUGCAAAGUGGAGAGAAGCAGGGAGAACCAGUUCAGUUACACCUGCAGUGCGAAGAAGUUUUCGAGAUUGCUUUCACUCCGACUCGACAACCCUCUACGCCCGGCGAGACGCAAUACCGACAAAAUGGUCGCCGCCAAGCAGCACAUCCCCAUCGUGAAGAAGCGUAUGUUCCCGACUCCCGACCCCCGACCGUGCCCGUUCCCUAUAGCCUGGAUAGCAUCGCCUUUCGACCAACAGACGACAUCAAUGGAUUGUUUGGAAGAGGAGGAACAUUGGAAUCGACAGAGACGGAGGAUAUCUCGACAGAAGAAGAUGAGCUUUCGGAAGGGUUUUUUUUUGGACGACAACUAAAGGGCGAUGUUUAUCCAAAGGCUUUCGACAAUAUUUCGCAAUACAAUUGGAAUGAAGAAUUGGAAGGACUGACAUGGAUUACUAUAGGCACCAACCGCUUCACCCGUCACCAAAGUGACCGGUUUAUGCGUGUUGGUGAGUCGUGGCGCAAGCCCAAGGGUAUUGACAACUGCGUCCGCCGCCGCUUCAAGGGCACGAUUGCUAUGCCCUCUAUCGGUUACGGAUCCAACAAGAAGACCCGCCACAUGAUGCCCUCCGGCCACAAGGCUUUCCUUGUCCACAACCCCAAGGACGUCGAGCUCCUCCUGAUGCACAACCGCACCUACGCUGCCGAGAUUGCCCACGCCGUCUCCUCCCGCAAGCGUGUUGAGAUCAUCGAGAAGGCCAAGGCUCUCGGUGUUAAGGUCACCAACCCCAAGGGCCGUGUCACCACCGAGGCCUAA